ACCAGACUCAAGAGGGAACACCAUCCUCAUCUGGGUUGCACCGAAUGUCCAUUUAUUGCAGAUAUACAAUGUUGGGUACAGUGAUGGUGAUCAGAUAUCUCAUCCAGGGUAUCUGACUACCUUGUACUUAAUGUUCUCAGGAUAUGUGACCCAACCAAGUGGAUACUGAAGAUGAAUAAAUGACUAAAUGAUGCACACUGGUUCAACCGCAUGUAUCCAUAGCAAUAAUCAAGAAAGUAUUGUGUGUGUAUUAGUCACACAAAUGCUAAACAUGAUUAACUGAAUGAGAUGAUGGUAAAAAUUUGCUGAUUUUCAUGUGCUUUAUUCACAUGUGUGGACUGUAUGCAUCACCUGUAAGUCUAAGUCUGGGUAAAUGAUCUGAAUCAUGUUAUAGUGUAACGGUGUUUAUGGGCGUCUACAUAUAAGGUGUGUAUGUUUUCAUAUAACUCGAAGGACACACACGGGUCUCAAAGUUCAUGUUUAUCACUGUCGUUAUCGUUCAUAUAAGGCAGAAUACAGAAAGAGUGUUCUGUCUGGUUGCCAGGUAUUAGCCAAGAAAUAUCACGCUCGAAUAAGUCCAGGGUACAAGACAUUCAGUGAACGGUUUGGGCGAAGCGGGGUCUCGGGAGGAGACGUUACCGGAACACCUGCUGUCUUUUAACAGUCUGGUGAAAAUAAAGGACAUUUUUUGAAUAAGAAAUGGGUCGCUAUACAGGGAAGAGCUGUCGCCUGGUUUUCAUGCUGACCAUGACCAGCAUGUUUUUCAUGGCCGAGAUUGUGGGCGGUUAUGUGGGGAACUCUAUAGCUCUGGUGUCGGACUCUUUUAACAUGUUGUCCGACAUCAUCUCGCUGUCGGUGGGUCUGGUGUCGGCACGGGUUCGUCGCCACUCCUCCUCUCCACGCUGCACGUACGGGCUGGUGCGCGUCGAGGUGCUGGGCGCGUUGGCGAACGCCGUGUUCCUGGCCGCCGUGCGCUUCUCCGUGUCGGCACAAGCCCUCGAGCGGCUCGCACAGCCUGAACCCAUCGACAAACCCGAGCUGGUGCUUGUCGUAGGCAGCAUUGGACUCUGCAUCAACGUGGUGGGACUGCUGGUCUUCCAAGACUGGAGAUGUCUGCGCAGGAAAAAAGGGCGCAUGGCGCGCCGCCACAGCGAACCGAAGAGCGACAUGGACACAGAAACAGGUGUCCAUGAAAGAGAUUUAGAUGAAGAGGAUGAAUUUGAGGAUGAAGGCCACCAUCUUAACAUUAGAGGGGUGCUACUCCACAUGCUAAACGAUGCUCUAGGAUCAGUGGUGGUCGUGGUGACCUCGGCUCUGUUCUACGUCUGGCCUAAGGAACCAGAUGCUCCAUGUAACUGGCAGUGCUACGUCGAUCCAAGCCUGACUCUGCUCAUGGUAGCCAUCAUCAUGCCCUCUGCCAUUCCCCUGGCUCGGGAAACAGCAAGCAUCCUGCUACAAAUCAUCCCUCGCGACAUGCCCUUCAACAGAGUCUUGCAAGAAGUGUGCAGCCUUCCUGGGGUCCUGAGUAUACACGACGCUCACCUGUGGGAACUGACGAAGAGCCGGUAUGUGGCCUCAAUGCAUGUACGAGUCUCUGCCGAGCUCCACAGUUCUCUCAGCGGAAUCAAAAUACUCCACGAGCAGAUCAGGAGCGCCCUUCAUCAUGUCGGCAUCCACAGCGCGACCGUCCAGCUGGAAUUUGGCGACGGAACCCUGGAGAAGAGCUACUGCAGCACUCCGUGUUCAUCCCCAUACUGCAUGAAAGUUUCCUGUUGCCCUUCCGAUGUCGCUGGACUUCCAUUGUUUAAAGCAAAUCAGCUACCUUACCACGGAGAAUCUCCAAUAGACACGUAUGAAACAAGCAACGUACUUAAAAUAUCGCCAGCUUCCUACACAGCCACAAAGUUUUAGCCAUAUGACUAAAAUAAUUCUAUUCGACUUGUAACAUAAGUCUAAGGCUUAACUUAGGUCAGAGUGAAAUGCCACAGUCCUUGCAGAAGAGAAGCACAAGAGAUUAAAGCUGUGAACCUUUUUAUUUUUAAUAAUGUGAUUUAAUGGUUUGUAGACUGCAGUCUAAAAUUGGUUACUAGGCUAAAACAACAGUCAAUAUACAAAUCAACCCUGGACAACAUGGAUUUCACUUGGAUUGUGUUAGUAUUUAGUCAGUGAGUGACGGAUCAUGAUGGCAUGAGUCAUGGCGUAAGAUACAAGUCACCAAAGUUGUUCUUAAACAUGUAGAGCUCCACAAUCGUGUGUACAUUCAUGCAUUAUUUUUUUCCCAUCUCUGCAUUUUAAGAUUUAGAAAAAAACGUUUUGUUAUAUUAAUCUUAUAGCUGUAAAGGAACAUUGUUGUCUGUAUACUUUAAAUGUUAACUGUUUUGUAAAGCACCUUUUUCUAUAUAAAAACAGAUACUUUCCGAUAAUGUCGAGUAUAGUAAGCGUUAAAAUUCCAAUUCAUGAAAGGAGUUGAAUAGUCCAUUUAACCUUCAUGGGUCUCACUUUUUACACAGGAGUACCGUCAUGCUAAAACGGUUGAAGGAAAGGGAAAGAAAACUAAUGAUGCAGCAUAAAGAACUGAAUACAAGUUCAUGCUUUCAGAUUUACGGCUACUGUUUGGAAAGAACCACAUAUGUGCAUGAUGGACGUGUCCAUAGUGCCUUUUUGACUGCCUUUUUUUAAGCAA